UUGCACCCCAAGAACUCAAUCUCAACUUAAACCUAUCCUCUCUCUCAAACCCCUCCCUCUCUCACUCAAUUACCUCAAUUGAACCUGGCUCCAUCAAAAUGUCAGCGCGAGGCCUGGGCUCCACAUCGCCCGACCCGGGCGCGUCAUCUCACGACCAACACCCUCUCAUGGAUCUCGUAGACGGAGAAGAAGCCCGUGGGAGAAGCCAUCCUGAUGGAGCAAGCGGUGCUGCGGCGGAUUUGAUGAGGAGACUUGGUGUUUCGCCCGAGAGGAGGAUUAAAGUUACGCCUGAAGAUGAUGCGCGCGUGUUGAGGCGGAUUGAUAUGGUUGUUCUGCCUCUCAUGCUAGCAGUUUAUUUCCUCCAAGGUCUUGACAAAGCAACUAUCGCAUAUGCAUCCAUCUUCGGCCUCAUCGAAGACACGAACCUCAAAGGCAACCAAUUCUCAUGGCUAAGCUCAAUAGUCUACGUCGCCCAACUCAUCGCGCAAUUCCCACUAGCAUGGCUUCUCGUCAAACUCCCCAUUGGGAAAUUCACAAGCUGCAUGGUGACACUCUGGGGUUUGACCCUAACAUUUAUGGCUGCGGCGCAUACCUUCCACAGUCUGCUCUUUGCACGUUUCUGGCUAGGUGCUUUUGAGGCUAGUAUUGCACCAAGUUUCGUGGCUAUUACGCAGAUGUUUUGGAGGAGGAGGGAGCAGCCGCUUAGAAUGUCGUAUUGGUAUGCUAUGAAUGGAUUUACUGGUGUUUUUGGGAGUUUGGCCACUUGGUGGCUUGCGCAGUUACCGUUUGGACUAAAACCAUACCAGACCAUCUUUGUUGCCUUUGGAAUCAUCACCGUCUGCUUCUCCACCGUUCUGUUCUCAUACAUGCCCGACUCUCCCGCAGAGGCCAAAUUUCUCGAUAAGCACGAUAAACUUAUCGCGAUUGAGCGCCUGAGAAUGAAUCAGACUGGCGUCAUGUCGAGGCAAUGGCGAUGGGACCAUUUCUGGGAGACCAUGCGAGACCUAAAGACUUGGCUCUGGUUCUCUCUCAUUUUCAGUAUCUCAGUACCCUCUGGUGGCGUCGGCUCUUUUGGCCCUCUUCUCAUCAAGUCCUUUGGCUUCGAUUCGUUCCAAGCCAUCCUCUUCAACGCUCCGUUUGGUGUUGUUCAGUUCAUCUCUACAGUUGGAGGCUCUUAUGUCGCGACUAAGUACCAUAAGAAAGGUCCAGUUAUUGCCUUUUUGGCUCUCUUCCCAAUCGUUGGCUGCAUGAUCAUGCUCUCAACGCCGCAUACGCCUGAUGGCAGGAAUACUUUGCUUGGCGGAUACUACAUGAUCUCUGUCUUCCCAGGAAUAAUUCCUCUCAUCUACUCAUGGUCGUCCUCCAACACUGCUGGUGACACCAAAGGCAAAUGUAACUCAUCUGUCCUCUUCAUCGGCCAAUCCCUGGGAAACAUCAUUGGCCCUCUUCUCUACAAACCAUCCGAGGCUCCCGAGUAUCAUCGAGGAUUGUACUGGAAUCUGCUCCUAUACAUCGCAAUUGUUGGACUCGUCGUAAUCACCACUAUGUACCUGACCUACCUCAAUCGCGAUCAUAGCCGCCGUCGCGUCAUGGCUGGAAAAGAUGCAGUGAUUGUGGACUACAGCUUAUACUCACCCGAAGAAGCAGAUAGUCUUCGAAGGUCAAAAGUGACCGAAGGACAGCAUAUCGAAAAUGCGAGGGAUGCGACGGUUGGAGACCAUGCGUUUGAUGAUAUGACGGAUUUGGUCAACGAUGAAUUUGUAUUUGUAUUCUAAAUCAAUUGGAAGAGCUCCAGAUUUUCCUGGAGGCUGUGUGUGGUACUGUUUUC